UGGUGGAGAAGAUGUUUUCAAGAUGAUUGCUGCACAAAUUCACUUCACCGACGUCUCUGAAGUAACUUCAAAACAACGACAGCAAGCUAAGCAGAUUUGUUAUGGCAUGAUAUACGGAAUGGGUGCACGGGCACUUGGCGAUCAGCUAAACGUAGACGAAAACGAAGCUUUAACAUUUAUGGACAAAUUCAAAAGUCGUUUCCCUGGGGUGCAGGAUUUCAUGCAAAAGACGGUAGAGAGUUGCCGAGAGAAAGGUUACGUCAAGACUCUGAUGGGUCGUCGAAGAUAUCUUCCAAAUAUAUGUAGUACCAAUUCUUUUGCCAGAAGUCAGAGUGAACGCCAAGCUGUUAACACUGCCAUUCAGGGCUCAGCCGCCGAUCUAGUCAAAAUUGCGAUGGUAGAAAUUGCGAAUGCUUUACGUACAACGUUCCCCUCUACUCCCUCAUUCCUGACAUACCCUAGAACACCAAGAGACAAAUUUACCGGGGCCUACCUGGUGCUCCAGCUUCAUGAUGAAUUAAUAUAUGAGGUGGCUAAUGAAGAUAUCAUUCAAGUAGCACAGCUAGUUCAAAAGUAUAUGGAAGGGGUGCACCAGCUUGCAGUUUGCUUGCCUGUCAAAAUAAAGGUUGGUCCAUCUUGGGCUUCCAUGCAGACUCUCAAUCUCUAAGUUAGACUUAAAAGAUAUAUAGUGAUACAUUUGUACAGUAUUUUAUAUAUAUAUAUAUAUUAUUCUGGUAGAAAAUGUUGGCUUAUAGAAUAUUUAUUAACAGAUGUAAAUAAUAUCAGGCUCUUCAUUGUUAUUAGAUUGGCAUUAUAAUUUAAGUGUGUAAGUGACGAUAAUGACUCAAUUUUAUUUAACUUAUUCUUUUACCAUUAUACAUGCUAGAAAUUUGUAGGAUUUAUCAGUCCUCUUGUACAUUUAAUCGUGUACUUUUUUAAACAAAUAUUUAUAAGAAAAAUUUUAAUACAAAUAUGGU